UGUUGGAGCAAAAGAAUAACUACUAACCUUAGAAAAAGAAAGUCAGCAAAAUGUCAUUGCCACAGCAAGUCAGUGUCCCCUCGAUGUCAGUGGCUGUAACAGUUUCUGUAGCUGUCCCAGGUGUCCAUGUUUCAGUUCCAGCCAUCAACAUAGAGGAAAAGGACGACCACAUGAAUGUUUACCUCUGGAAUAAGUCACAGCAGACACAGGAUACCAAAACCCAAGGAAGUGAUGGCAAAUAUGAAUGUAGUGUAUGUGGGAAGGCCUAUUCCCAGAGGAGCAGCUUUGAGUACCACAAGAAAACCCACAGUGGUGAAAAACCAUAUCACUGUAGCACUUGUGGGAAGUCGUUCCUCAACAAAAGCAGUUUGGUUGUGCACAAUCGCAUUCACACUGGAGAGAGGCCAUUUAGGUGUGAUGACUGUGGCCGUGGAUUUACUCAACGCAGUAUGCUAACAGUCCAUCGUAGAAUUCACACAGGUGAGAGACCGUAUUCAUGUUCGGAGUGUGGAAAAGCUUUUUACCAGAGUGACCAUCUUACAAAACAUAAAAGAAUACAUACAGGAGAAAAACCUUAUCUUUGUGGAGAAUGUGGAAUGGCUUUCUCUGAUAGCAGUGGAUUAAGACAGCAUGUGAAACGGCAUACAGAGAUGGGUCCAUGGCGAUGUGAGAAGUGUGAUCUAGUGUAUGAAAAACGUACACCUUAUGAUCUUCAUAUGAUGCAGCACCGUGGAGAGAAGCCUCUUGAAUGUGAUGUUUGUGGAAAACUUUUUCAGUAUCGAUCUACUCUUGAUCUUCAUAGAAAAACACAUUUUAAGGAAAAGGUUUUUAAAUGUGAUGUUUGUGGUGAAGAAUUUACUGGUAAAGUUUUACUAAGAAAGCAUCUAAAACAUGUACAUACAGAACGAUACUAUGCCAGACGCCUUGUUGGCUGGAAUGCGGAUAACAAGUCAUCCAAACCACAGGGUGACACCAAACCUCUUAGAUGUGACCAGUGUGGUUUACUUUUUAAGGACAAUGGUAAAUUCUUGCUGCAUCAAAAAGUUCAUUGUCUUGAAAAAAGUUUCAAGUGUGAUGUGUGUGGUUUGGCAUUUGCUAAGAGUUACACACUGGAAGUUCAUAAGCAGAUGCAUCCACAUAUAUCUCCUCUUGUCGAUGCUACCAUGUUAACAGAAGUGCCAUGCCAGGAACUACAAGCAACACCUACGUCUGAGAUGACAUUAACUCCUCUGUACCCUGCAGCCCAAGAACCUUCCAUUGUGACCCAAGAGAUCACACACAUCCCAGCAGGUCAAGUUGUCAUUCCUGGCACCAGUAAGUUCCAGUCCUUUGUGAAAGUGCCCAUAAAAUCCCCAGCCAGCAAGGGCAAGCGAACUAAACCAUGGUAGUUUGUAAUUCACUUGUGAUGUCAAUGAAGGAUUUUAAGGUUGGUAUCUCCGUUUGACUUUGGCCCAACCUCCUUUUCUUUCUUUCUUUCUUUCAGGGAGUUACAUGAAUUCUUUCUGCUUAUAUGUUCCUUUAGUACCUCGUGUCCAGGAAUUAAACUGUAAAUGCAAUUAUUGAAUUAAACUGUGAUAAUACUUAAAAGAAAUUGAUAUUUGUUAUAUAUUUAUUGUGUAAAUUAGAUAGUACUUCAUAAAAGUGAAUCAUCAUUUUUAUUAAUCAGAAUUCCUUAUAUCUAAUUGGUAUUUCAUUAAAAUAGUAUAAAAUGUACAUAUGACAUUACACCCAGCAGUUUAUUAGCUUCUAAUUGAUAUGUAAAUAUUAUAUAUAUAUUAUACAGAAUAUAAAAAUGUGCGAUGAAUUUGUCAAUGAAAGAUCCUCUGGAUAUGACUUCAGUAUAUUGUUAUUUUUUCCUUUGUUUUCUUCUUAUAAGCAGGUUGGAAUAGCAAUGAAAAUUGAAUUAAUAUCUGUGUAUGUAGCAUAUGAUCAUUACAGAUAUGAAAUUCACAUUUUUUAUUAGACCGUUUGCAUUUAAUAAAAGCUGGACAUUAUAUGAACUGCAGAAACAAGUUCAUAGUGUAUUGAAUCUUCCUGGCCUUGAUAUUUUCCAUAGAGAUGAAAGAUUUAUUAAAUUAGUUUUAUAGGCUAUACAUUUUACUUCCUGCCUUUAUAAAUUAAGUAUAGUUUCUUUGAUGUAGUAGAAUAUUAUAUUUGUUUAUAAAGUAUGUCUGCAUAUGUUCAUAUGGUCUCAGGCAAGAGUCCAAUAGAUCUGAGUGAAUGCCAGCAUGCCACUUUGAUUCUGUAUGAAAAGGUGACUUCUUUAUAUCACUAGAACUUUAAUGGUGCUAUGCAUCUACAGUACAUGAAAGGAAAUUAUACAAUAUGUGUUCUAUAUGAAUAGACUGAAAUAAAAGAAAUUUAUUAAAA